CGUCAUUUAAAAAUAUAUUAUGAAAUAAAUAUUUAGGUAACAAUAAAAUGCCUAACAAUGUUUCUAUUUCUAGCUUCGAACUCCAGUUAUGUUUAUAACAUUUGGAUCAGAUUGAUUUUUCUGUUAGUGUUCAUGCACAUUAUUAUUGUUAUUUAAUAAUGUUAUCUUUGUGCACUCUUUAGUACAUGAUCAUAAAUUUGGAUAUAAAUACGAUGUUAACUAAAUUAACUUUAAAAAGUGUGAAUAAGCCAGUGAAAACGAUACGUAAGUCGAUGGGCUCUAAAGUUUUUGAAUACUUUUCCGGUUUUGUGAAAAAUAAGCCAACAGAGUGUAGCUCGAACCAGCAACCAGGUAAACCAGAAAUUACCGCAACCAUGGAUAGAGAUCGUGUAGGUAUGUGGGGAAAUGGAGACAGUGUUGUUCCAGGAAAUAUCUCCGGUUUGGACAGAAUGAGACUACCGGGUGUAAACAAGGGAUUGGCAUUUUCUUUUGAAGAACGUCAGAGACUUGGUAUCCAUGGAUUACUACCACCUGUAGUUAAGACACAACAGGAACAAAUUGAACAUUGUAAAACAUGUUUAGACAGAUUAGACGAUGCCCUAAACAAAUAUUUAUUUUUAAUGGGACUACUCGACCGUAAUGAAAAACUAUUCUACGCUUUUGCUCGUAAAUACGUACAAGAUAUUAUGCCUAUAGUGUACACACCAAUAGUGGGACUGGCUUGCCAAAAUUUUGGAUUGGUAUACAGAAGACCUAGAGGUCUUUACAUUACCAUAUAUGAUAAAGGACACGUUUAUGAAGUUUUAAAAAAUUGGCCGGAAAGCGACGUCCGCGUAAUAGUGGUAACAGAUGGAGAACGAAUUCUGGGACUUGGAGACCAAGGGACAUGCGGUAUGGGCAUUCCAAUAGGAAAACUGUCUCUCUAUGUCGCUCUCGCCGGCAUCAAACCCCAUCAAUGUCUUCCCAUCACCAUCGACGUGGGAACGAACAAUGAAACUCAUUUAAAAGAUCCUCUUUACAUAGGUUUAAGACAGAACCGUGUUAGAGGACAGGAAUACGAUGACCUAAUAGAAGAAUUUAUGGAAUCGGUCGUAAGAAGAUUCGGUCAAAAUACUCUGGUUCAAUUCGAAGAUUUUGGAAAUCAGAAUGCAUUUAGACUGCUGGAGAAAUACAGGCAUAAUUAUUGCACGUUCAACGAUGACAUCCAGGGAACUGCCAGCGUCGCCGUAGCCGGACUUUUAGCAUCGUUGCGGAUAACCAAAAACAGGCUCUCUGAUAACGUGAUCGUAUUCCAAGGAGCUGGUGAAGCUAAUUUGGGAAUCGCGCAACUCUGCACGAUGGCUAUGAUGGCCGAAGGGACGACUGAAGAAGCUGCUAGAGAAAAAAUUUGGAUGGUUGACUCGAAAGGGUUGAUCGUUAAAGACAGACCAGAAGGAGGAAUAAGUGGUCACAAGACCCACUAUGCGCAUAACCGUGCGCCAAUUAAAACGUUGACUGAGGUCGUGAAAACCAUAAAGCCGUCAAUUCUGAUCGGUGCCGCUGCCGUCGGUGGUGCUUUCACGGAGGAAAUUAUACAAGAAAUGGCUAAAAAUAACAAAAGGCCGGUUAUUUUCGCUUUGAGUAAUCCGACACAUAAAGCAGAAUGUACUGCUGAACAAGCAUACAGGAUAACGAACGGAACUGCAAUAUUUGCAAGUGGCAGUCCGUUUGAUCCAGUCACAAUUAAUGGCCAAACGUUCGUACCUGGACAAGGCAACAAUGCUUAUAUAUUCCCUGGAGUUGGAUUAGCUGCUGUAUGUGCUGGUAUUAAAACCAUUGGAGAAGACCACUUUUUAAUGGCUGCAGAAGCACUGGCUAGUCUUGUAUCAGAAGAUGAUUUGGAAAAAGGAAGUAUAUAUCCACCUCUUCAAAGUAUUGUUAACUGUUCAGUGAUUAUUGCCACUAAAAUCAUUGAAUACAGCUAUCAAAAAGGAAAUGCAUCAGUAACUCCAGAACCGAUCGAUAAAGAAGCAUUUGUGAAGGCUCAAAUGUACAAUACAGAUUACAUACCCGCUUUUCCAACAGAAUAUGCUAUUCCUAAACUAUAAGUAUAAAUAGGUACCUAAUAAUAGAAUAAAAAUAUUUAUAAACAUAAUAGAUAAUAUAUUUAAAUAAAUGUAACUUUCUUAA